UUAAAAAGUUUUAGAUUGGUUGGCCAUCACAUACAACAAAAGCACCCCCCUCCUCCGAAAAAUCACACCCCCCAUGGAAGACAAAGAGAAGAAGAAACACCAUAAGAAGCAGAAACACCAACACCCAAAUGAUCAAACCACCAAACCAUCAUCAGAUUUUUCUUUCAAACCUAGCUCAGAAGUGAAGGGUCUUCGUUUUGGAGGCCAGUUCAUUGUAAAAUCUUUCACAAUCCGGCGAGCAAGGCCACUCGAGCUUCUAAAAGUCCUCUCGUAUCCACCAACAAAUAAGAACAGCGACAACAAUAAGACCCCUUUCCCUUCAACAACAGCUUUUCUGCCUACAAACUUCACCAUCUUAGCACACCAUGCUUGGCAUACCUUAACACUUGGUCUUGGUACCAAGAAAUCCAAAGUACUGUUAUUUGUCUUCGAAUCCGAGUCCAUGAGGUUGGCUGUCGACAGAAUAUGGCCGCCAGAGAUACCACUUGGAGAAGUAAACAAGAAACUUAUCAGAGGCCUGAAUGGUUGUGAAAUGGCAAGAUUUAAGUUCAGAAAAGGAUGCAUUACUUUUUAUGUCUAUGCAGUGAGGCGUGUAGGAAACAUGGGAUUCUCUUGUGCAGAUGAUUUAAAGAUUAUAUUACAGUCCGUGGUUGCACUCAAUGAUUUCUUGGAUCACACUGCUAUGCUUGCCAUGCCUCACCAAAGAAGCAUCAACUAUGCAUCACCCCAGGUCGCCAUGGCUCACUAGGCAUGCUUAUUUUUGCCCUUCUUUUUCUCGUUUUAGGCCCUUUCUUUUGUUGAUUUUAGUACUUAUUAUCCUUAAUGACGAGGGAAUUGGUUUAUUUGUGGGGGAUCUUGCUUAUGUUUAUUUUUAUUUUUCCUUUUCUUCUAAUUAACAAAAGGACUUUAUUUUAGUCUAAUAAAUAAAUAAAUAAAUCGGAGUUUAUUUCGUGCUGAA